UAAUUAUCUGAUCAAUCAAAAGAACGUCCAUAAUUUCCAUCAAACCUAAAACAAUUUGGAAAAUUACUAAAUUACGCAAUAUUAUUUAACGCUUCUGGGUAAAACACGUCACAACUUUUACAUCCACCUAAUGCCAAACAGUAAACAGUAGCAAGCGAAAACGCUCGGCACGCACUUCGUUAGCUGGAAAAACAUAACCAUUCUGGUGGUUUGCUGUGGUGAUAAACUUAUAAUCUAAAUAUUAAGAGAAAAAAAGCGUCGGAUUUAGUGUAAACUAUGGAAAAUAAUGUUCGAACACACGAAGACAUCGAGUCUCAUAUAAGAGAUUUGCAGGCGAAAAAGAAAGAGCUGAACGCGGAAGCGGCAAAGGAUAAGGGUGUCGGAUUGGCGGACCGUGGCUACUUCGACAGCGAUUUCUACGACGGUGAUGAUACGAACAACAAGUACGAAGGUUAUGUUACAUCGAUCGCACCCAACGACGAUGUUGACGAUGAGGAGGACGACGGUAUGCCCAUCGGACGGAACACCCGGCCGAUGGGUUACACGGCACCGACGGCACUACUCAACGAGAUGGGUCAGGGCGAAGAUUAUGAUCCGUUUGCGGACCGACGUCAACCGACGGUGGCAGAGAAGGAGGAUGAGUAUCGCCAGAAACGCAGACGAUUAGUCAUUUCGCCGGAGCGUGUGGAUCCGUUUGCCGAUGGAGGCAAAACGCCAGAUGUUGGCUCCCGAUCGUACACGGAAAUUAUGCGCGAACAAAUGUUGAAAGGCGAAGAAGCAGAGCUGCGCAAAAAAAUCCAAGAAAAAGCGAAGGAUGGAUCGUUGAAGAUAAGUGUGGCCGCCAAACCGGCCCCGGUGGAAGCGAAAAAGCGAGGCCGUUGGGAUCAGGCAGUCGAUGUGCAGUUUGUUGCACCGAAAAAGCUUGCCGUACCGGCGACCCCUACGUGGGAUGCAGAGAAAACUCCGGCCGAUCAUCGCUGGGACGAAACACCCGGACACAAGGGAAGUGAAACGCCGGGCGCAACGCCAAACGUGCGCAUCUGGGACGCAACGCCGGCACACGUGUCGGGUGCGGCCACCACACCGGGUCGCGAAACGCCCGCCGAAAAGUCGACCCGUCGCAACCGGUGGGACGAAACGCCGAAAACGGAACGCGAAACACCCGGCCACUCGUGGGCCGAAACACCGCGUGCCGAUCGCGUGUCCGGCGAUGGUGUGCUGCUGGACGCUACCACACCCGCCUCCAAGCGGCGCUCCCGGUGGGAUGAAACCCCGUCCAAUGCGACACCGUCCGCGAUGACACCGUCGAUCGCAAUGACCCCGACACCGCACGGUUCGGCGGCAACACCCGGUCACGCAACGCCCCUACUCACGCCGGGUGGUUCGACACCGGUCGGGCAUAAGGCGAUGGCGAUGGCCACACCGACACCGGGCCAUCUCGCAUCCAUGACACCGGAGCAGCUGCAGGCGUACCGCUGGGAGAAGGAAAUCGACGAACGCAACCGACCGUUCACGGACGACGAGCUGGACGUGAUGUUCCCGCCCGGGUACAAGGUACUGCCGCCACCGGCAGGCUACAUACCGAUUCGUACGCCGGCCCGCAAGCUGACCGCGACCCCGACACCGAUUGCCGGCACACCGGCCGCCUUCUUCAUCCAGACCGAGGACAAAUCGGCCAAAUUUGUCGACAAUCAGCCGAAGGGCAAUCUGCCGUUCAUGAAGCCGGAAGACGCACAGUACUUCGACAAGCUGCUGGUCGAGGUGGACGAAGAUUCGCUCAGCCCGGAGGAGCAAAAGGAGCGCAAAAUCAUGAAGCUGCUGCUGAAGAUUAAGAACGGUACGCCCCCGAUGCGUAAGGCUGCGCUGCGCCAGAUUACGGACAAAUCGCGCGAGUUCGGUGCCGGGCCACUGUUUAACCAGAUCCUGCCGCUGCUGAUGAGCCCGACGCUGGAGGACCAGGAACGCCAUCUGCUGGUGAAGGUUAUCGAUCGCAUCCUGUACAAGCUGGACGAUCUGGUCCGCCCGUACGUGCACAAGAUACUGGUCGUCAUCGAACCGCUGCUGAUCGACGAGGAUUACUAUGCGCGCGUGGAAGGGCGUGAGAUUAUUUCCAACCUGGCAAAGGCGGCCGGUCUGGCGACAAUGAUCUCCACGAUGCGUCCCGACAUCGACAACAUCGACGAGUACGUGCGUAACACGACGGCCCGCGCGUUUGCUGUCGUAGCGUCCGCGCUCGGCAUUCCGUCGCUGCUCCCGUUCUUGAAGGCGGUCUGCAAGAGCAAGAAAUCGUGGCAGGCACGCCACACCGGUAUUAAGAUCGUGCAGCAGAUAGCGAUCCUGAUGGGUUGCGCGAUUCUGCCCCACCUGAAGUCGCUGGUUGAAAUCAUCGAGCACGGGCUGGUGGACGAACAGCAGAAGGUACGCACCAUCACGGCUCUCGCCCUAGCGGCGCUGGCCGAGGCGGCCACACCGUACGGUAUCGAAUCGUUCGACUCGGUGCUGAAGCCGCUGUGGAAAGGCAUCCGGACGCAUCGGGGUAAGGGUUUGGCGGCGUUCCUGAAAGCCAUCGGCUAUCUGAUCCCGCUGAUGGACGCCGAGUACGCGAACUACUACACGCGCGAGGUGAUGCUGAUUCUGAUCCGCGAGUUCCAGUCGCCGGACGAGGAGAUGAAGAAGAUUGUGCUGAAGGUGGUGAAGCAGUGCUGUGCCACCGAUGGUGUGGAGGCGCAGUACAUCAAGGAGGAGAUAUUGCCCCACUUUUUCAAACACUUCUGGAACCACCGGAUGGCGCUCGAUCGGCGCAACUACCGGCAGCUGGUUGACACGACGGUGGAGAUCGCGAACAAGGUCGGCGCGUCCGAGAUUAUCAACCGCGUGGUGGAUGACCUGAAGGAUGAGAACGAGCAGUACCGGAAGAUGGUGAUGGAAACGAUCGAGAAGAUUAUGGCGAACCUUGGCGCGGCCGACAUCGAUUCGAGGCUGGAGGAGCAGCUGAUCGACGGUAUACUGUACGCGUUCCAGGAGCAAACGACCGAGGACGUGGUGAUGCUGAACGGGUUCGGCACGAUCGUGAACCAGCUGAGCAAGCGCGUGAAGCCGUACCUGCCCCAAAUCUGCGGUACCAUCCUCUGGCGGUUGAACAACAAAUCGGCCAAGGUGCGUCAGCAGGCCGCGGAUCUGAUCUCGCGCAUCGCCGUCGUGAUGAAGACGUGCCAGGAGGAGAAGCUGAUGGGCCAUCUCGGGGUGGUGCUGUACGAGUACCUUGGCGAGGAGUACCCGGAGGUGCUCGGCUCCAUACUGGGCGCCCUCAAGGCGAUCGUGAACGUGAUCGGCAUGACCAAGAUGACGCCCCCGAUCAAGGAUCUGCUACCCCGGCUGACGCCCAUCCUCAAGAACCGGCACGAGAAGGUGCAGGAGAACUGUAUCGAUCUGGUCGGCCGCAUCGCGGAUCGGGGCCCGGAGUACGUGUCCGCCCGCGAAUGGAUGCGCAUCUGCUUCGAGCUGCUCGAGCUGCUCAAAGCACACAAGAAAGCGAUCCGACGCGCGACCGUCAACACGUUCGGGUACAUCGCGAAAGCGAUCGGUCCGCACGAUGUGCUCGCGACGCUGCUCAACAACCUCAAGGUGCAGGAGCGUCAGAACCGUGUCUGCACAACGGUUGCCAUCGCGAUCGUGGCCGAAACGUGCCGUCCGUUCACCGUGCUUCCAGCACUCAUGAACGAGUACCGCGUGCCGGAGCUGAACGUUCAGAACGGUGUGCUCAAGUCGCUCUCCUUCCUGUUCGAGUACAUCGGCGAGAUGGGCAAGGACUACAUCUACGCCGUCUGUCCGCUGCUCGAGGACGCACUGAUGGAUCGCGAUCUGGUGCACCGGCAGACGGCGUGCGCCGCGAUCAAGCACAUGUCGCUCGGUGUGUACGGGUUCGGGUGUGAGGACGCGCUCGUCCAUCUGCUCAACUACGUGUGGCCAAACAUCUUCGAAACGUCGCCCCAUCUGGUGCAGGCGUUCAUGGAUGCGGUCGAGGGGCUGCGGGUAGCGCUCGGACCGAUCAAGAUACUCCAGUACACGCUGCAGGGCUUGUUCCAUCCGUCGCGGAAGGUGCGCGAUGUGUACUGGAAGAUCUACAACUCGCUGUACAUUGGGGCCCAGGAUGCGCUUAUCGCCGGCUAUCCGCGCAUUACGAACGAUCCGAAAAAUCAGUACGUCCGGUACGAGCUGGAGUACAAUCUGUAAGCGAACGGAGGCACCAUCCCGAGCUGCCUGGCGACCUGGACCCUCGGUAUAAUCACAUUAUGUAUCGUUUUCUGACUACGCUAGACGAUUUAAAUCGAGCGUGUCUAAAGGAGGGCGCAACACGUCACCUUCCACAUUAGCGCUCCAGCAUCUUAUUUUCGCUGUCGCAUUUCUUCUUAAUCAUCCCAUACAUUCUUCGAUUUUCUUAGUUGACAUUAUUGAACGGAUUGUGAAAUGUUCCACCUGCACGGGAAGUAUUUAAGCUUACUGUUCAAGAUUCCGCCCUGAUUGUCGAGGCGUCGGACAACAAAAGGACAACAAUAAAAAAUCAUCCUAAUUAUGUCUAUGGUAA